AGAAUUUAUUGUAUGAUAUGAGGAGUUCGAUGAAUGAAAACAUAACCCUGAUAACUAGCACAAGAAGAGGAAAGAGAGGUGGCGGAGUGUUGGCUGGACUCCUUCAAGUCCUUGGGCUUCGACAUCGUCUUGAACUGUUAGCAUGCAGUGGAAGUUUUAGUCGGUUGGAAACAACCGUUCCCAUGCAUCUCCUUGACUAGCAGAGUCGGUCCUGGUUUGUGGGACGAUCCAAAAGUACCAAUUAUUUUGGUCGUGAUUUCUGACAACGCAUGCAGAAUGCUACUGCAGCACGAAUUGGUUCCGACUCCGACCGCAGUGCGCACUCAUUCAAGUCAAGAAUGACACUGUCCACUAAUUAUUAGUCGCGGGCGCGAAGCGAUCAGACCAGAAGUACAGCGGCGAUGGACGACGAAAACGCCAGCACCGCAGAAAUUAGCGAGGCGCUGGACGUCGACGAUGACUCCUGGCUGCCGUCAUUGAAAGCAGAACUGAUGGCCACGGGCGAGUGGAAGGCGGUGAGCGAGCAGAUUUUCGCCAAAGUCGAGGGUAGUCUUCGAGGCAGUGGUCUAGCGAAAUUCAGCGAAUUUGACGACAGCUCGAAGCUGUACACGCUGCAAACUGCCACCGGUUCACUGCAGCGAACGCCGGCGUUCAAGCAGCUCUCCGACAAAGUGUCGGCAGUCGUCGAUCGUCUGCUGAGCGAGCGGGCAACGCAAUCCGUCUUGCUGCAUCGUGGCAGCCUGGCCGAAUCCACUGCCAAUCCUGUCAGUGACGUCAUGGCCGAAUGCUGCAAGUGUGCCGUUCAUCUACUGGGACGGUGGCCGGAUUUGUCACGCAGCUUCAAGCUGUGCGCGAAUCGAGCACUAUCGCAACCGCUGCGCCGUGCUUACUGGCACGCCAGAUGGCGCGAUGUUGCCGCGGAAACGGAUUUCCUGCGGCGAUGCCGCUCGUCGCCACUGACAACGGUGUCCAUGGACGACGCGGAGAUUGCACGUCAGGUGGAGAUCUUGCUGGCAUCGAGUGCUGCUACGCGUGAGGAGCAUGAGCUGUGGCGUCACGGAGAUACAGGUAUGAGUGCGGUCAAGCGUCUCGUGUCCGCGUACCACGCGCGCUGCUCCCAGCGUAGCCGACACGUGGUGCUCACCAGUGCAACACUGCACCGAGCGGUGGCGUUCGUACACGCCAUGACGCCUGCUGCUGCCGGUGACCACCACCACCACCGUCCACUGUCCCCGUCACGGCGACGUCGUCACGUAGAGUCACAUGAUGCUGAUGAUGUCAUGGAUGACGUAAUGGCUCCCAUGCUGGGUUCGUUUGUACGGUUCGAGGACGCGCUGCCACCGGUCUUUCAAACUCUGCAGGAUAGAGGAGUGAAGUCUGCAGCAGAUCAGGUAGCCAGGGAUGUCGACACGCUGCUCAAGGAACAGCACCCAGAGUUGCAUCAGCACCUGCGCUGUGUCUUCGGCUGUGCUGCCGCUGCUGCGGCCGAAAACCCGCAACUAGCCAGCAUCAAUGGCAAGGGCACCAAUGCCAGCGCCAGUUCUAGCAGCCAGCUCAGUGCUGCUUCGGCAUCCACAACUGGCUCCAGGUCAUCUACGCACACAGGAGCGCCAUUCUACAAGUAUCUUCGCAACACUCUGCAUCCACAUUGGCAGGUUCUAUUCUCAGGUUCACUCCCCGUGGAUGUGGUGUGUUUCUUAUGGGAGCAGCUGUGGAUGUUUGACAGUCCCGUCGCCGAUGAGUCUCCAUACACCUACCUUGCAGUUGCUACCACAGCAUUGCUGAUCCUGCUCUCGCCAUACCUCAUGGAAUGUCAGCAGGUUCGUAAGCUGGAGGAGUGUCUUGUUGCAAAGCCAUCAAGCCUAACCGUGGAGGACUUUCAGAUGGAGAUUGGCAAACGUUUUCUAGAGAAGCUGCAGCAGUCGUCGGGUUUGGGCAUGCGGGAACAGUCCGAGAGUUGUUUGGAUUUUCCGGGAGUGUCCACAUCCUUCCCUGGGACCCCGGACGUGCUUGCCAACCCACCACCGUGGAUAUACUGGUCCAAAGACGAACGAAAACGACGAACGGUGGAACAGCGGGCAGCAGCUCACGAACACAGACUGAGAAUGCUAUCAGGUGCAAGACGAGAAGUCGAAGAGAAGCGGAAACAUGAAGAAGACAGGUUACUGAGAGGCACUGGAGUCCGUAGUUACAGUGACCUGCGGCAGGAGAAUGCCCGGCUCAGAGAGCUGCUGGAUGAGUACACACGGAAGAAUAGCUCCGGGCAAAGAUCGCAGUACUCGCUUGGGCUGACGCCAACCAUCACCAGUCCACCGCCAGAGAUUGGCAACUACAGGGACAGUGUUACACCCUCUAUUACGUCGUCGGUUAUGUCAUCGCUGAGCGGUCGCCGUGACAACUUCACGCCGGAGUCGAUCCCGCUUCCCACGCCGUCGGACCGCAGUGGACGGCAUACCACAAGACAGCCCACACAGCACCCCACACGCAACACCGCACGGCACUCCACGCAGCACACCACGCGGAACUCCACACAGCACACCACACAUACCAGGGAUGAGCCCGAUGCUGAAAGCAGGGUCAGUGCGGUAGCCGAUGGUGUUGCGACUCCUCUGGCUGAACAGCAGCCGACCAGGACCGUCAGCCACAGCUCACCGACAGCACUCAAUCCGGCGCAGAUACUUGUGAGUGAAGGUCUGCGUGCCCUGGGGAGAAGCAUAGCUGAUUUUGUAGCUGGUGAUGGCACUGCUGCUGUUAGAGGUGAGGACAGCGGAAGUGGAGGAGGCAGUUCAACUGAACCUCCUUCCCCUCAUAAUCAGAGUGUUGCGGAACUUCGGCAGAACUAUCGCCAAGCACUCCUCAACGUUGAAAUGGAGAUAUUCGGCGUAAACCUGACGGCUGAGGAGUGGAAAGAACUGCCGCCGCAGAAUGCCCUGCAGCGCAAGCUGCGCGUCAAGAAGGAGACUCUUCGACGGCGCUGCGUCACAGGGCGUGCUCCGACGACUGGUGUUUUACCGCCAUCAUGGUGAUGCGUGACUCCGUACGUGAUCUGUGCGUGAUGCACGAGUCAUCCAUGAGUCAUCCAUGUGUAAUGCUUGAGUCAUCCAUGAGUCACCCAUGCGUAAUUCAUGUGUGAUCCAUGCUUGAUCCAUGUGUGAUGCAUGUGUGAUCAACGCCGCAUCAUAGCUGGGACUACAGUGCAGUAUUCUGCUGAUGCCCGGCGUCAGCGGAAAACGGGAAAAGAACGGCAACCGGCCGCGAUCCACAUGGACAAUGCCAACGGGAUAGGGAGAAUAUUGUAAGAGCUGCGUGAUGCUAUGCACAUCCAGGCGAACCCUGGUUUGGGGCCACCAGGCAUAACACGGACUGACCCGGUUGUCUUGGGAGAGGGGCAUGCAUUCUCUUAGUCUGACGCCAAUGUGAUCAUUGUACAUCCAGAGCGUUCCGUGCCGUAGCACAUUUUAGUGCACUGAUGGCCCUACGGACAAAGUAAUUGCUGGAACCAGGACGGCGCAGUUUGGCUGGGCUUUAUGUGUACAUGGAACUGUCACAGUUACGUCAUUGACAUUACAACGCAAUGAUGUGUGUCCGUCUGACCUGUGGCAACUUACCAGAAACGCUGUGCUUGAUCUCCUUGCUGUUUCUUAAUGUAAUACCGUGUAAUUAUAGUGUGUUGAUCUCCUUGAAAUGACCGGCCUAAUCUCCGUUAUGAUUAUUAUUCAUGGUUUGUCGACUGUGUGUGCAGCUUGUCCAUGCAUGCC